CAUAGCGCCACCCCAACCUAGCACGCCUCGGUAGACCCAGGCUCGGUUCCCAUUCAACGGAAGCUGGGAGGCCUGCGCAGGAGACUGCCAGCAAUGAUAUCUGGCUCCUCAUCCCUGAACCUUCAUCUUUGAAAUUGUCAGUUAUGGAGGAUGAAGAUAAGUCAGUUGAACGUCAGUAUUCAGAGCCACCCAUGGGGAUCCCUCACAAGGCGUCUCUGCAUCACGAGCUACAGGAGGAGAGAGCCGUGAGCCUCAAAGGUGCAGACAGAAAUGAGCCGACAGAAGGCAGUAACCUGCUGAACAGCGGUGAAAAAGAGCCGCAGGACUCACCUACAGAACCCACUGGCAGCCUGCGGCGAUUCCCGGCCUGCCCUCCACACGGCUGGCUGGCCAGAGUGAUUACUAAUGGUACCAUGGUUGUUCUUCUGUGGGCUGUGGUUUGGUCAGUUACCGGUCCCGAAUGUCUUCCUGGAGGAAAUUUGUUUGGAAUUGUAAUCCUGUUCUAUUGUUCCGUCGCUGGAGGUAAACUUUUUGGACUCAUUAAGUUUCCAACAUUGCCUCCUCUGCCUCCUCUUCUUGGCAUGCUGCUAGCUGGAUUUCUCUUGAGGAACGUCCCAGUCAUCAGUGAUAAUGUCCGGAUCCAGCACAGGUGGUCGUCAUCUCUGCGAAACAUAGCCCUUUCUGUCAUUCUGGUUCGUGCUGGCCUCGGUCUGGAUUCAAAGGCCCUGAGGAAGCUGAAGGGUGUGUGUGUGCGACUGGCCAUGGGUCCCUGCAUCGUGGAGGCGUGCGCUUCUGCGAUUCUCUCACACUUCCUCAUGGGGCUGCCGUGGCAGUGGGGUUUCAUCCUCGGUUUUGUCUUAGGUGCUGUGUCUCCCGCUGUGGUGGUGCCUUCCAUGCUCCUAUUGCAGGAAGGAGGCUACGGUGUUGAAAAAGGAAUCCCGACUUUACUCAUGGCUGCCGGCAGCUUCGAUGACAUCCUGGCCAUCACCGGCUUCAACACGUGCUUGGGUGUGGCCUUUUCCACAGGGUCUACAGUUUUUAACAUCUUCAGAGGCAUCUUGGAGGUGGUAAUCGGUGUGGCAGCUGGAUCUUUUCUUGGCUUUUUUAUCCAGUACUUUCCGAGCAGGGAUCAGGACAACCUCGUGUGGAAGCGAGCCUUUCUGGUCCUGGGCUUUGCUGUUUUUGCUGUGUUCGGCAGUGUGUAUUUUAGCUUCCCGGGCUCAGGAGGACUGUGCACGUUGGUCAUGGCUUUCCUAGCAGGCGUGAGAUGGACUGACAAGAAGUCAGAGGUAGAAAAGAUAAUUGCAGUUACCUGGGAUGUUUUCCAGCCUCUUCUUUUUGGCCUGAUUGGAGCGGAAGUUUCCAUUGUGUCUCUCAGAGCGGAAACUGUUGGCCUUUGUGUUGCAACCCUAGGCACCGCAGUGUUGAUACGGAUUCUGACUACAUUCCUGAUGGUGUGUUUUGCUGGCUUUAACAUAAAGGAAAAGAUGUUUAUUUCUUUUGCCUGGCUUCCAAAGGCCACAGUCCAGGCUGCCGUUGGUUCUGUGGCUCUGGACACGGCAAGAUCCCAUGGAGAAAAGCAGCUCGAAGACUAUGGGAUGGAUGUGCUGACGGUGGCAUUUUUGGCCAUCCUCAUUACAGCACCAAUUGGAAGCCUCCUGAUUGGUUUGCUGGGUCCUAGGGUUCUUCAGAAAUCUGAAUAUCAAAAUGAAGAGGAGGUUCAAGGGGAGACUUCUGCACACAUUCGGAGGAAGCCCGAGGAUUCCAUUACUGAAGCUUGACGGACCAUGUUUACCAUCCCAACCCAAAGGUUUCCGCCCACCCUCAACCAGGACAACUUUAUUUCUCUUUGACUCAGUUGAAAAAUGUUCUAUGAAAUUUCAUAAGCAAAAAAAUUUAGAAAGCUUUAUACUGCUAACAGUACCUCAGGUGUUUGCUUCCUGAGAAAGACUGGAGGAAAGGUUAUUUCGGAAAGUGAAAGUAAUUUGGACAAAUAAAACAUUCAUGAUUUUGUUAAAAUCGUGAUACAUUUCUCCUUAUAGUAUUAAAAGAUUUUCAUAUCAAAAAGCAAUGAUUUUGUUUUUUGUUUUGUUUUGUUUUUUGUUUUUUUUUUUGUUUUUUCAAUACAGGGUUUCUCUGUAUAGCCCUGGCUGUCUUGGAACUCAUUCUGUAGACCAGGCUGGCCUCGAACUCAGAGGAAGUUCAGAGGGAACUCAGAGGCCUGCUUCUGCCUCCCAAGUGUUGGGAUUAAAGGCAUGUACCACCUCUGCCCAACUGAUAUUUUAAAAAAUGAAAUGAAUUCUGUCGUAUUUUUAUGAACAUCCACUGCAGUAGGGUUUUUUUUUCUGUUUUUCUUUUUUAAAUCUAUAUGGAACGAAAGUAAAAGCAAAAUUGUAGGUGGGGGUGGGAAGGAAGGCAAGAGGGAGGAGCCAGAAGAGGAAGUGUAACAGUGCGGGACAUAGCCAAUGUACAUAUAUAUGAAAACAUUUUUAUUUCAGAAAUUUUUAAAGUGCUGAACUUUAACAAAAACUGAGUAUGUGUUAAAAGUGAGAAAAGUAGGAGAUCGUGGGAUUUAAGAAUAAGAGGCACCCUGUUUCUAUUGCUGUGUUUUGUUCUCAGAGCAAUUGAAAAUUUCCCAAUUAAAAAUUCAAUUUAGUAUAAUACAAAU